AUGGACCAGAUGAAGAAGGCCCUCAAGGGCAUCUUCAAAGGCAAAAAGUCCAAGAAGGAUGAGUCCAAGCCCGACGACUCCCAGCCUGCUGCUGCUCCUGAGACAGCCACACCAUCCAAUGCCGCGACCAAGCCUACCGAGACGACGCCUGCGGCUCCCACUCCCGCUACUGCGCCCGAGGCCGCAAAGACAGAGACGUCGACGGCUCCCGCUGAACUGCCUCAGCCUGCCUCACCUGCCGCUGCUCCUGCCGCUGCUCCAGCUGCGGCCCCGGCACCAGGCGAAAGCAACAAGAACGAAGCUGCUGCACUAACCGAGGUCAAGAAAGCCACGCAGACACCCGAGCCUGUCGGCGCCGUUGCGCCCGCUCCUCCCACUGCUGCUGAAGCUCAGCCCGCAUCCACCGAAGCGCCAAAGGAUGCAGAGGCCAAGCCUGCCGAUGCGCCUGCACCAGCUGCCCCCUUGGAUCUUCCUGAGCUUCCUGACAGUAAGCCUGCCGCUGGCAUGAGCGCUACCAGCGGGCCGAUGUUUGAUGAGCCCAAUUUUCAUGACGAUAAAACUGCUGCCCCGGCUGCCCCCACCCCUGCCCCCGCCCUAGCUGCUGAUGCUGCUCCUGCUCCUAGCGCUGAGCCCACAGCGACUGCUCCUCCAGCUGCUCCAGCUGCUCCAGCUGCUCCCGCUACCCCGGCUGCCCCGAUUUCCGAGCCUGCGCCGGCUGCUACACCGGCUGCUCCAGCUGCCCCAGAGGACAAGGCGGAGAAAUAG